AUGGCUACUAGUGGUGAUCAAAUGGGUCUCGUCGAUCGCCUAAAAAACUUCGCCGAGAUGAUCAUGGCACAGAAACUUUUUGGGGAUUUGUUCACAAAAGAAAUCCAUGUCUUCAAGGAAAAGUUCGGCCCAAAAUUUAAGAACUAUGAGGAAAUUCUCGCUGAUACGUCGUAUGUGUUCACCAACUCAAAUCCAUACCUGGACUAUCCUCGUCCUAUGCUCCAUAAAACUGUACCUAUUGGUGGAAUCGCUGUCCAUAUUGAUCCCAAGAAAAAUGAGCUGUCAAAGAAGUGGGAUAGCAUACUGAACGAGAGAAACACGACUGUACUGGUCUCAUUCGGUUCAGUGGCCAAGGCAAUCUACAUGCCAGAUGAGUACAAAGCAUGCCUGAAACAACGUUUAUAUGGAAAUACGAAGCCGAAGGCUCCAAAUAGCUGCUCAGCUCGAGAAUGUUCACGUUCAGCACUAACAAAAAGCAAUUCAGCCGAUCCCCGCCUUACGGCUUUCAUCACUCAUGGAGGCUUAGGCAGCACCACAGAACUCGCUCAUUUGGGAAAGCCCGCGAUACUGACAAGAAAUGCCCAUAUGCUUGCGAAACACGGUGGAGGUAUCGUUCUAUCUAAGCUUGCUCUGGAGCAUCCUCAGAUGCUCACGAAAGCUCUCAAAAAAAUCUUCAAUGACGCAAGCUUCUCUCACAAUGCCAAGCGGCUGUCGCAGAUGCUUCUGAAUCAACCAAUCAGUGCAAAACAACUUCUCGUCAGACACUGCGAAUUCGCAGCUAAUAAAGCCAUUCCAGAAUCUGGUAUGAGCAUUGCUGUAACCAAAAAGUUUUCUAAGUAUGGAAAAUACGUGUGGAAGAAAACGAUGAUGACUGAUCCUCGCCUGACCGCCUUCAUCACUCACGGAGGUUUGGGGAGCACCACUGAGCUAGCCCACCUAGGCAAACCUGUAAUACUGGUAAGCUGCUCAAAAACUCUGUUAAUCAAUGUUAUCCAUAUCGUGAGACAUUUCACCGACAAGCAUGUUAACAACUGCUGCCGGAUACCGAAAUGCCCAUAUGCUAGCCAAGCACGCGGUGGCAUUAUUUUGAACAAAUUUGCGCUGGAGCAUCCACAAGUACUCAAGACUUUUUUGAAAAGGAUCUUCGAUGAAGCGAGCUUUUCCAACAACGCUAAGCGACUGUCAGAAAUGCUUUUGAAUCAGCCGAUCAGUGCCAAGCAACUGCUCAGAUACAGCGAGUUUGCCGCCAAAUUUGGACGUCUGCCUAAUCUCGAUCCUUAUGGACGACAACUCCCAUUCAUUGCGUAUUAU